GGAAACCUCCUCUUUCGCCGGAGAAAACACCUCAAAGUUCGAAGAUUGCCCGUAAGAAGCCCAAUCAAUCUACAUCUUCUACCUCCCCCGGAGAUCAGGGUACUGUCGAAAUGGAUUCUCCGUUGAGUGCGAAACCGGGUACACAAGAGAGUAUGAAGCGCUCCCUGGCCCUGUUCACUAGUGAUUUGGCCCCUGGGCCUGGUCAAUCACCUCCACAGUGGUUCGUUGAUUUCUUCAAAGGAUUUGAGGCUCGUCUACAAAACUACAUUGAAAACAUUACUCUGGCCAAAUUCAGCGAGCUCUCUUCCACGCUAGAUCAGCAAAAUGAAAAACUAUCUGCAUGCUCUAUGCAGAUAGAAGACUUAGAAAAGCAGGUCAAGAAGUUGAAGCUGGAUAACACCCAGCUCGUUAACAAGAUAGAUGACUUAGAGAAUAGGGGUCGGAGGAACAAUUUAAUAUUCCAUGGGAUACCAGAGCAAGCUCAUGGUCCAGGCUCACGAGAAGACGUAGCUGUCACUCUACAGAAAGUGCUGCAGGAUUUUGUGGGGCUGUCUGCUUCCGAGUACAAGAUUGAAAGGUGCCACCGUACACCUACAGGACCUCCCAUCCAGCCUCGCGAUCAAGCCGGUGACCAGGAUCUGAAACCUAGGAUCAUUCAUGCGUGCUUCUCAUCAUUCGCAGAUAAAGAGCAAGUCAGAAAAGCAUGCAUUCAGAAGUUCAAAGUCAAAGAUGCCAAGUUUCAUGGAAGGAAAUUAUUUGUCGCCGAAGAUUUCUCCAAAAGGGUAAUGAUGCAGAGGAAGGAAAAGAUGGAUGAAUUAAAAAAACUAAAGGAAAAUGGUCAGUUCAUUUUCCUUUUUUUAGUAUCAUGCCAUGCCAAAGUCUUAUAUCACCUUGUUUGGCACAGCUUUACUAGCAUAGUUGGACUUUUUAUACUUGUUUGUUUAGCAUAGUUGGACUUUUUAUACUUGUUUGUUUAGCAUAGUUGAACUCUUUAUACUUGUAUGUUCAUUUUUAUUAUUUUUUUCAUAUGGUCAUAAGAUUGUUUGUAUUAGUGUAUGCAUAAUCAUACACAUAAAAGGUGCAUUUUUGUAACUUACUUGUGAUUAAAUAUGCAUGCAUAAUGUAUAUGUAUACUUAAAUUUUAAUGCUGAAGCUUGUAAAUUUAUUUUACCCUCUUUUAAACAUCGUUGAAUUUUGGAUGCUUUUUGUUGUAUUGCUGAUUUUUGGAUUUGUGCUGAAUGCAGAGCUGUUACUUAAUUUGAGGCUCUGCAUUUCAUCUUGCACUUUUGCUCCCUUUAAGCUAUUGUAAUGAUAUUUUUUACUUUUUUCUUUUUUUGUUUUUUGUUUAUUCUUGGCAAUGAUUGUUUUUUUCUUUUUUCUCUUUUUGGUGACCAAACUGAUUUUUAUGUAAAUGUGAACUCGUGUAUAAUCUUAUUAGACUUCACUUGUUCUCUGCAUAGUUUUUUUAGUCUAAUUUGCAUGCAUCUAUUCAAUCAAAGUUUAGAACAAAACCUAAUAUGUUGAUCAAACUUAGCUCCUUUAAUUGUCGGGGAAUGCAGGAUUAUACAAAACGAAAGAAAAUUUUCCACUACAUGAGAAACCUUAACAGUGAUAUUAUAUUUUUACAAGAAACACAUUCUAACAAAGAGGAUGAAGUUUUUUUGGAAAUCCCAAUGGGGUGAAUCUGCAUGGUUUACUAGUUUUUCCUCUAAUAGUAGAGGUGUGGCCAUUCUUAUAAGAAAAUCUAUUUCAGUCAAAGUAUUUUCUGUUUUUUACGACCCUGAUGGUAGAUUUUUGAUCUUAAAUUGUAAAUUAAAUGAUGUUCCAGUCACUUUGGUGAAUAUAUAUGCCCCAAAUAAUGAUGAUCCUGAUUUUGUACUAAAAGUUUUUGCAGAAUUAGAUAAAUUUGACAACUCCUCUCUGAUUAUUGGUGGAGAUUUUAAUGCAGUGAUUGGCCCCCUUGACUACCAAGGUACAAGACAAAAACAUUCUAAUACUAGGGCAAGUGAAAUGCUAUCUAUUAUUAUUGAUGAAUAUGAUUUAGUUGAUGUUUGGAGACAUUAUCAUCCAGCAUUGAGACAGUACACAAGACAUCAAAAAACACCCCAGGUUCUAUCAAGGCUUGAUUAUAUUCUAGUUUCUAGUAAUUUUUUGCAAAAUUGUGUUAAAUCCAAAAUUCUUCCAGGAAUUCAGUCAGACCAUUCUGUUGUUUUUAUUCAGUUUACUGAUAAUCAACCAAUCAGAGGAAGAGGCUACUGGAAGCUUAACUGUUCUUACUUACACAAUGAUUCUGACUUUAUUAAUUUGAUAAAGGAUAGUAUCCGGGAUUUUAAACACAUUCAUAACGAUUCAGAAUGCAAUCCAAACACACUAUGGGACUCCCUCAAAUGUACUUUAACAGGUAACUGUAUUGAGUACUG